AAUCAUGAUUGUAAUUUGACCAGAAAGGGAACAGAAGGAGAGCAAGGGCCCGCAGAUCCCCGGCCGCGAGCCGCCGCAAUGGAGUGGUCGGCGGUGUGUGAGCGCACAGGUGCCUCAGGCCGGUGGCGCUGAGAGCUGUCGCGGCCACCUCAUGGGCUCAGCAACCUCACCAGAGCGCAGAAGCCCCGGCUGCUGCCGAGCCAGGCGGCAGCAGCAGUAGCCGCUUUAGCGGAUCCGGAGAUGGGCAGAGAGCGCGCGCGGCGCGGCAGCUUCGGGUUCACCGCCCUCCCCGCCGGCAGCUCCUUGCGCCCCCGCCGCCGCUACAGCCACCUCUGUGUCCCCCAGUUCCAGUCCCGCGCCUAGGACAGCGCCGCCGCCGCCGCCGCCGGGCCCUGCCUGCCGCCUGCGCCGCGCAGCCCUCGCGCGCGCCCGGAUGGCGCUUCAUCUCAGGACCGGGCUUCCAGCUCCUCACUUUUAAGCAAACCCAAGUCUGAGGGUCCACCUCUCUACCCAUUCACCAGAGUGGAUCAGAUCAGCUAUACAAUGAAGAGGAUGUAGUUAACGCAGAAAACUUAGGUUUAUAAUGCAAUAAUCCAAGAAUUUUAUAAUACAGCGGAAUAGCUUAACAAUUGUCGACGUGCUUCCCAUGAUAUGUUCUCUGUAUUAAAAAAUUAUGACAUCAGCAUCCAAAGGAAUUCUCCGCCCAUUUUUAAUCGUCUGCAUUAUCCUGGGCUGCUUCAUGGCAUGUCUUCUCAUUUACAUCAAGCCCACCAACAACUGGAUCUUCAGUUCAGUGGAGUCAACCAGCUCAAUGCUAAAAAUGAAAAAUUUCUUUACCACGAAAACUGAUUAUUUUAAUGAAACUACUAUCCUGAUUUGGGUGUGGCCAUUCGGGCAGACCUUUGACCUUACCUCCUGCCACGCAAUGUUCAACAUCCAAGGAUGCCAUCUCACAACGGACCGAUCUCUGUACAACAAAUCUCACGCAGUUCUGAUCCAUCACCGGGACAUCAGUUGGGAUCUGACUAAUUUACCUCAGCAGGCCAGGCCACCCUUCCAGAAAUGGAUUUGGAUGAAUUUGGAAUCGCCAACUCACACGCCCCAAAAGGAUGGCAUUGAGCACCUGUUCAACCUGACUCUGACUUAUCGCCGUGACUCAGAUAUCCAAGUGCCUUAUGGCUUCUUGACGGUGAGCACAAACUCCUUUGUGUUUGAAGUGCCAAGCAAAGAGAAGUUAGUGUGCUGGGUUGUAAGUAACUGGAACCCUGAGCAUGCCAGGGUCAAGUAUUACAAUGAGCUAAGCAAAAGCAUUGAAAUCCAUACCUAUGGGCAAGCAUUUGGAGAGUAUGUGAAUGAUAAAAAUUUGAUUCCUACCAUAUCUACUUGCAAAUUUUACCUUUCCUUUGAAAACUCAAUCCACAAAGAUUACAUCACCGAAAAGCUCUACAAUGCUUUUCUGGCUGGCUCUGUACCUGUAGUUCUGGGGCCAUCUAGGGAAAACUAUGAAAAUUAUAUUCCAGCAGAUUCAUUCAUUCAUGUCGAAGAUUAUAACUCUCCCAGUGAGCUAGCAAAGUAUCUGAAGGAAGUUGACAAAAACAAUAAGUUAUACCUUAGCUACUUUAACUGGAGGAAAGAUUUCACAGUUAAUCUUCCACGAUUUUGGGAAUCACAUGCAUGCUUGGCUUGUGAUCAUGUGAAAAGGCAUCAAGAAUAUAAAUCUGUUGGUAAUUUAGAGAAAUGGUUUUGGAAUUAGAGUUUUCCAUCAUUUGCACACUUGGUAAAUUAUUUUGAUGAGAUUUCAUCCAAAAUUUAAGGGUGAGAAAAGAGACAACAUUCUGUUUUUGUGUUAUAAUUUUUAUCACUCUCUCGGGUAACGUACAUAAUUUGAUGGAGAUUUUUAAGAGCUCAGCAUUAGCAAUCACUCCAUUUGGUUUUGAAUUAUUCUGAAUAUACCUAAUAUGUGCACUGAAAAAUAAUUUAUUCUUCGUUAUCAUUUGUAAACAUUUUUGAAGUUGUCUGUAAUGUAAGUUUGUGAUACAAUUGUUGUUUCUACAUUGAUCAUCUGUUUAAUCUAUUUGGGGAAUAAAGAUGGACAUCUUAAAAUAUGAAAUAUUUUCACUAAAUAUAAUCUCUAGUCCCAAGUUUGCAUAAUGUAACAAAGGGAAAGCAUUUGUAAUUGAAUUCUAACCUCUUUGACUUCCAAGUUGAACAAAGUAUAACUUUCUAUUUGAUAUGUUUUUUACCUGUUUACCACAUUUGUGAAGACAGAAUUACUCAUGUAGUGAAUAAGAAAGAUAGUGAAGCAGAACUGUUCUAUUCAGGAAGCGAUCAGACUUCUCAUUUAUUUUCAUUAAGCUGAUGUGCAAAUGUGACCACUUGUUCUCAUGAUCCUAAGUGAAAUUUUUCAAGUAUUUUUAAACAUCCAUUUUGUUGGGUUUUUUAGUACCUGGGAAAUAAUCCUAAUAACACUUUAGAAAAUCUAAGACUGUUAUCUUUUUGAUCCUGAUAACACUUAUUAUUAUAAUAAAACAAAUAAUUUCCUCAUAUAACAAAGGGAAGGAUAUGUAUAGAUAUAAACCAUAUAUACAAAAUGGCACAUUGAUGUGCAAUUUUUAAUAACAUCAAUUUAAAAUAUUUUUUUCUCUAGCCCCAAUAUUUAAGUUUCAUUUUACCAUAUAGUCCAACAUAGACAUGACAUUUGAAAAGGUUUGUCCUAUCAUUUAAAAGAACCUAAAUAAAAUGAUUACCAAGGUGAUAAAUAUAAGAUAUGAAGCAUAAUAAAGUGAGGAUUAUAAGAUUUCAAUGAAUAUUUGUUGAAUGAAUAAAUGAAUGGCAUUUAACAUCAUGGGACAGUUUUUGUUUGUUCCAAUGAAGUGAUAGUUCUAGCCUAGUGGUCCUCACUGGCGAUGAUGUUUUUUAUUACACUUUAGUAAUUAUUUAUAUGAUAGCACAUAUGACCAUGGCCCUCAGGGCUUUACAGAACCAAACUAAGCUUUUCAUUACAUUAAGUUUUUGGAUAAUUCAUCCCUGAACUUGCAGUUGCUAUACAGCAUUUCUCCUCCAUAAGGUUAAGGGCUGGAUAUAAGCAGAGAACAGUAGGUGAGAAAAGAUGGAAUGCUAAGGAUUCUUCAAGGGAAGCAUGCCCACAGAACAGUCUAGAGUGAGUGUAUUCCAUGCAGGCCAGAAACCCAUCCAAACAAUGAGAAUGUUCUGAUGAGAUUUGUUUGGAUCUAUUUGUGACUUAUUCUAAUAGUUCUAUUACAUGUUAACGUCAGCACAACUUAAAUCCACAAUCAUCUCAGUCAAAUAAGACAGAAAGAGGCAAAUUUCAAUUCAGUAAGAAAGUGAUAUGUCCAACAGUCCAAACUGCCCCGUGAGGGAAUGAACUCUCUCAAGCAGUAGGAUGUGAAAACAGGAAGAUUCAUGCAUUGGAUGGAGGAUCAUUGCUUUACUCAUGAUACAGAUGUGCUGUGUCGGGCAGUGGCCUAACCUGAGAUACAGAUAAACAAGACACUAUCUAUCGCUGCCUUGAAGGAGCAUGCAGUUAAGUGGAGAGAUACAGAAAAGCUUCCUCUGAGUCCGUGUUUGUGCAUAUGCUACUCUCAGUAGAGUUUCUGUGAAUCACUGCUGAUGUGAUAAAAAUAAGGUAGCAAGUUUCCCCAAUCGUUUCUGACCUGCAAACUUUGUUUACUCAUUUAAUCCAGUGUAAAUUCCCUGUAUAUCAUCUUCUAAUCACAUUGACUCAAGAAAUAGUAUGUCUGUGUGGGUGCCCUCCUAAAUAAGGAAAGAUCUCCACCCACAUUCAUUUUGUCAUGUUAAAACAGUCAUAUUCAUACAUUCACGUUUCCUUUGUUAUCUUUUUGGCCUACAAGAGGACGGAUGCAUUGCUAACAAGUGUAGAAGGGACCUGUUCUCUUCCAAAGCAGAAAAGCACUCAAUGUGAUGACAGCCCACUUUUGCUGCAAUGGGUUCAGAGAACUGAGAACUGAGGGCAUUGCCUCCAUUGUCUACUGUGAAUCUGGGCUCUUUCUUAGACUGUGACUAUAAUCACAUGCUGAUAAAAUGACCCAAGCCAAGGCAAUCAUACUAAGAGACUAACUGGCACACCUGUAUAUUGAAAACCCAUGACCAAGUCCCAGAAUAAGUUUUCUGAAUUUGAAGUGCCAGAAUAAAUGAGUCGCCUGAACUAUCAUUCUGGAUCCAUCUGUCUGUAAGUUUUAGGGCUUAAAGGAAUUAUAACAAUGUUUACACAACAAUCCUUCAUUCUAUUGGGUUGUCGGAAAAGUCAUGACGCAUUUUUGCAACGAAAAACAUAGAAAAAAUACAUCAUGACUUUUCUGACAACCCAAUACUUAUGAGUUAACUAGACCCAGAGAUAAUAUUUAUUCAAGACAUAUGUUCACUCAUACACACACACACACACACACACACACACACACACACAGAGCUAAUGACAUAGCCAAGGUUAGAAUUUAAGGGCCUAUAUCCCUUAAUCUUCUGUUCUUUUUCAUAUUUUCAUUUUAUUAUAGAAGUAUAUCUUAAUUUCUUAAAAUGUGAAUGCCUUAUUGGUAUUAUUAGGGCCUAUAGAAUGAUGCACUCUAUGGGGAAGCACUUUGAGUUUUUAAAAAACAUACAGUAAAUAAAACAUAGACUUAUUAGCAUUCUUUCUGGUUUAAAUAUUUUAGGAGUUGAGCUUUAAUGGAAGGAAACAGGAUUUCACAACAUUUUAACUGAAAUGCAACCCUCAAGAUGGUGUAUGAUUCUCAGUCACUCUCUUAACAAAUCCUGUGAUUGCAAUUUUUUUAAGGAUGUCUCACAGUGAAUGAUAUUGAUUUGACAAAAUUGACUUGCUGCUGGUUAUAAAAACAAUUAUGCCAAGAGAUAAAUUAUAGACAUAAAAAAAGAAUGGACCACUUAAAAAGUUUAUUUUUAAAAUAUCAAAAAUCAAUUACCUUCAAUGUUCUGAUUAUUUAAAUAUUAUAAUAAUAGGCCUGACUAGCAAGAAUAUGUAAAUAUUAUUUAUUAUAGGCCUUAUUAGUAAGAAUAUAUACCGAAUUUUCCAUAUCCAGCAGUAUUACACCCUGAAAAAAUAAAAAGACAUGACAGUCAUAUUUCAUGACAGCCAUAAAUUUUACAAUAUGAAGUAGAAAUUGGAAAAAAAUUAUCUGAGUGGGAAACCAAUAUCUGCUUAAGAUGUUUAUAUUUACUACAUAAAUCCUGGUAAUUCUAGAAUGUGCAAAAUAUUUUCUGUUGUAAAAGCUUAGAAAGCUCAGAGCAUUUGAGGUAUAAAGUGACCGAGUAUUUAGGAAUUAUCUGCUGAGCCUUUAAAUUCUUGCCUCCAAUCAGAUGUUAAAUAUGUGAAGUAUAGGAAAUUAUAUUAUUGCUAUCUUUUUGCUUGCCUAUUUUCAAACUAGAUUCCAUGAGUUUUAAGGUAUUAACCUUGAAAAUGUCUUUGCAUGAAUUAAUUAUUACUAAAAGAUUUAAUUUAGGUAUUUACAUUACAACUUUGUGCUUAAAUAUAUCUUUGAGUUCCCCUGAACUUUAAUCUCAUUUAGGGGAACUUCUUAAAUUAUAAUCUAACUAUUAAAUAUAUUAAUAAUAAACUUCAGGAUCUAAAAGAUAAGCACAUGCCUCACAGAGAAGGAUCUCAACAAAUAUUUGUGGAAUUAAUCAAAUUGCAUUAGAUGACAUGCAAAAUAUUUUUUUAAGUGUGGUAACAGUUCCCAUUUGUUAGUACCAAUUAGAGAUGAUAUUUUAUAUUUUUCAUUUGUGAGUAUGCUGCCUGAAUGCAAAGAAAGGUAUUUUAUGUGCUUCUAGCCAUCGCAUUCCAAGACUCCAAAAGGAAUAACAUUUCAAGAAAGAUCAUAAAGGAUUUAGAACAUGUUAACAUACUCACAGGUUAACACAAACAACUGUUUCUAACAGGAAAGAUGAUUAGUGUUUAAGGAGAUCAUAGAGUGCAAGCACUGUGAAGGGCACAUGCUUAUUACCAAACUAUGUAUGGAGAGAAAAAUACUAUCUUUUCUCCCUACCUGCACUCUUUGUCUUACAAACAGCUGCCAAUUAAGAUGAUACUGUUUUGUUUUGUUUUUCUGGAUGUCACUCAUCUAAAGAUUUUGUAGCAUUUUACAAAUGGGCCACUACUACCCAAGGUGCGCUCCCUCUCUGUAAUUCAUAUUGAAUGUAUCCAUGUUCUAAGCAGUUAACAGCAGAUGGUCUGAUAAACCAGGUAUAUGAAUAAAGCCAGGCUGGGUUAUUAGUUCAACAUACCGUGAUUUUGAGAAAUCCACUGCACCUCUCUGCACUUUUGUUGUUUAUAAGGUCUCUUCUAGCACUACACUUUCGUCUGAAAUCUAAAUCGAUGUAUGCAUGCAUUUGCCAAUGAAACUUCAGUGUCCAUCUCAAAAUAAUUUUUGGAGGUAAAUACUCCAAACAGAUUUCCCUCUUAUUUCUCUGAAUAGAUAUUUGAAGCAUAAAACUGAUUAUUUAAACUAAUAUGUGUAAAGAACCUCCUCCAGUGCUUGGAAUACAGCAAAACACUCAAUUAACUAAACUUCCACCUUUAAUGCCUUGUUCCCUUUAGUUCUUCACCUAAAUCCUUUGCAAUUCACAUGCUCACUACUUGCUGAGCCCUUAAUUGUCUGCAGAAAACCAAUCAUAUAUUGGGCAUUAUUUUUAAAUAUUUUAGAUUUGUCUAUACUACCCAUGUUUUUAUGAUGACAAUCUAAACAAUUUUUAUUGAUGCAAACAUUUCAGGGAGGCAGCGAAGGCACACAGUCAAUCAAAUGACAAUACAAUAGGGAGCAUAAUUUAAGUAAGCCAGAUUGAAUGCAUCUAGGAAAUUUAGUUAUUUUUAAACUCUUGGUUAAUAUAUAUUUAUUCAUUUGAUUUAGUUUGAGAUAUUUUUUAAAAGAAACUCUCCAACAUCAGCUGCCUUUUGUCAGUGUUAUUAAAAAGCCUGGUUCCUGGGUCUCUUGACCUAGAAUCACCAGAGAUGUUUUUGAACAAUUCUGGUUUCUGGGCCCUGUUCAUACAAUUGGAAUUUCAUCAAACAGCUCUCCCCCCCCCCCACCAAAAUGCUUUCAAUGCAUUUCCUAAGUUUUCCUGCUCUGUGCGAUAAUGUAUGAGCCAUCAUAAGCCAGCAGUUCACAAACAUACAUGUGUUUGGGACUUCCUGGAUCAACUGCAUAAAGAAUCAUUUGAAAGAGCAUUAGCCAGACACAGUUUCUGAUGCUCUGGGUCUGAGAUAGGAGCUGGAAUCUUGAUUUGAAAUAUCUCCCCACGUAGCUCUGAUGUGUUGUCAGGAUUUGAGGUCUGCAUUUCAGCCACUUACUAAAUGAAAAGUAUUCUAUCGCUCAAUUGAUAGGAGCCAUGGCCUUCACUUAGUUCACCAGGAAUCUCCCCGAAUAUGUCACUAAAAUAUUCUUCUACUUCAAGAGCUAUGACAUUCUCUGUGCCUAACAAUUGUGCGCAUAAGCAUAGUACUGACUGAUCUGAUGUGGGUCAGGUUAUUUAGAGUCUCCAGAUCUUUUCAGUUGUGAAUGAUGUCUAUAUAGCAGUAUAUCUCAAACCUGUAUGCACAUCUGAAUCACCUGGAAAGGACUGAAAAUUGCGGGUGCCCAAACCAGGUAUCUGAUCCAGGUGGUUUGAGACGAGACCUAGAGGUAAACAGUCACAAAGACUCAACAGGUGAUACUAAACUGGGGCCACUUCUGGGAACCCCCAGUCUAUACAAAAGGCAUGAGCAAUUCUUAGUCUGGAGGAAUCACUAGGAAAAGCAAAGUUUCCACACCUUGAAAGAAUAUCUCUUAUUCUCUUUUGAGGUUCUAACGUCAUGGUUGCAUUUUUUAAUGCAAAAGACUAGACUAUCCAACUACUAGGACCUUUUACAGCCAUAAUACUUUAUGCUUCUGUGAUCUGCGUAUCCACUGUGUGUAUUUAAGUGACUUCUUUCCCAUGUCCUAAAGUCUUUGCUUGAUGGGCGGAAAAGCAAUUUGCAAUUGGGACAUAGCAACAAGAUGCAGCACAUGGAGUUUUGAUGACCUCAGAUUUAGAAUUGAGUCCUCGCUCAGCCACUCAUAUACUGUGUGCAAGUUACUGGACUUCUCUUAGCCUCAGAUUUUUGCAUCUGUAAAAAGGAGGUAGCAUUUUCCUGAGGUGUUUUUUGUGAGAACAAAUGAAAUGGCAUUUAAGUGACUAUAUACUGUGUUUAAUUAGUAUUGUUUAUUAUAAUGAAUAUCAUGGUGAGGAAUCCAAAACCAUUUCCACAAUUUCAAUCUCAAAACUCUGAAAACAUUAAGCAGACAGCUAAUAAGAAUCAUUGCAAAUUUAAACAAACCAAAGGAAUAAUCUUCAGAAGAGAAACAAAUAGAUAUAGUGUGGAAGCAUGAAUUUACGUCUUCUGUAAUUACUAAGUAAUGGAAGGAGUGUGGGGUUCUGGCAGGGUACUGCCAUUAGUUAACACAUACACCAUUUCUUAAAAUAGUAGGAACCCAAGCAGGCCCAAUUUUACCUCACUGCUAUGAUCAAUCAGUAAACUAACCGUCAAGUCAGCAUAUUAUCCAUUGGUAUAGCUCAAGUCACAGAAUGCAAUAGCAGCAAGAUUCUGAGAUUAUUUUCUGGUAAGAAAAGAGGCCAAGAACUAUACAACAAUUUGACUUAAUCCAUCACUUCAGCCA